AAAUGCAAAAUGGCCACUUACCAUGAAAAGACGUAAGAAUAAGGGAUUUGCUCGGCGCCGGCAGCUCAAAUAAGCCAUGACUGGCAACAAAACGAUUGAGAAAUGUUUUGAGGAAGCGGAGGAAACCGGUUUGCUCUAUUUGAGCAGUAAAGGACUACGCGAUUUCCCUGAUGUUGCGAACGAUUGUGAGCUGAUAGAUGUCAUCGAAGCAGAUCUAUCKAGGAAUCGUUUUGCCGAAUUUCCUAUAGAAAUAUGCGAUUUUAUUAUGCUGGAGAGGUUGGACUUGUACCACAACGCCAUCAGAAAUAUUCCUGAGCUUCACCCUCAAUUAAAAUGGCUUACAAUGCUUAAUUUACGACGAAAYCAAGUGUGUAGUCUACCAAUAAGCAUUGGACGUUUACCAUUACGUGUUCUAAAUUUAAGCAAUAAUAAACUUACUUCGCUUCCAGUAGAGAUAGGAUAUCUGACUUUAUUACAAGAUUUAGAUUUAAGUUGUAAUGAAUUAUCACGUCUUCCAAGCACAAUGGGAGAAAUGAUAUCUUUAAAAGAAUUAAAYGUACGGAGGAAUCAACUUCAGGUUCUUCCCGAUGAAUUAAGCAAAUUAAAAUUGGUAAAGUUAGAUUUCUCAUGUAACAGAGUAUCAGUCAUCCCACCAGCUUAUAGACUUAUAACAACGUUAUCAUGCUUGGAGUUGUCCCACAAUCCAUUGAUAUCACCCCCAGCACAUGUGUGUAUAAAAGGUAGACAGCAUAUAUUCAAGUUUUUGAGUGUCGUUGCACAACAAGACAAAAAAAGGACUUUGCUAGAUAGAGAUGUUAGAAAACUCCCUUACACUAGAAAAGGAUCAUCUUUAAGUCUUAAAGAAGAGUAUCUGGGCAUUGAUUCUGAUCUGCUUUCUAAUGAAAAAGUUAAAAGAACAGUUUCCCUUGAUAUGUCAGGGGUUGGAAUGUCAUUUAUGAGACAAAAUGAAGAAAAAGAUGUAUACAGACCAAGUUCUUUACGAGAGCGYGACAAACAAAGGGUGCCAUUAUCCAAUGUUUUUGAAACUGAAGAAAAGAGAAGAGAAAUACAGAAAGAAAUUGAGAGAGCUCAGCGUUUAUUAUCAGAGACCAUAGACCAGCAUGAAGCUGGCAGUCAGCCGGAUACUGAAGUUGAUGAAGGAGAAGAACUACAAAAGGAAUUCUUAUCAAUUGAGUUGGAACAACGUAAAAAGAAAGAGGAAGAAGAACGACUUAUUGAAGAAAGGCGUCGAGCUGCAAGAAAACUCCAUCGUGAUCAACAAGAAAUAAUUCAACAACAAAAAGCUGAUACAAGACGYCGUACAUUAGAUAAUACCAAUGGCUAUGACAGAAGGAGAACAGGAGCAAUGUCAGGUCUAGCCAAACCAGAUAUUCCACCAAGACCUGCAACUCUAGAAAGAAAAUCUUCUCAUUCUACAGAUAGAAAGCCUAGAUCAUCGUCUUUGCAAGGCACUGGAAUGGCUUCAGGAAGUUCAUACCUCAAUAAACAGGAAGAAGACAUGAAAGCAAGGGAAGCCAUGAUGCAGCAAAGUAGGCGAGAAGCUCAGUUAUCACGGCAAAGGCUUGAAGAGGAAAGACAAAGGUCAAAACAGAAGAAAGAUAGUACUCUUAGUAGAGAAAGCCUUAAUCAAAAGUCAAAGGUUGACAAAGAGCCAAGAUCUCCUGAAGCUGAUUGGGAAGAAAGUAUUUUUCAUAACAUUCACAAAAGGACAAAUAAAGGGAGUGUUCGUUCWUUGCCUGUUAGCCUCAAAAACAAAGAAGAUCCUAACUUCACUAUCAAGCGAAUGUACGACAGUGCUAGGGAAGAGUUUGAAAAGCUAGAAAUUCUUAGAGAGGCACUUGAAAGUAGAUUAAAGGUGACUCUACCUGAYGAUUUACCAGCUUCUCUAGCAGAUGGUGUUGUACUUUGCCAUCUAAUCAACCUUGUAUGCAAAGGAACUAUACCAAGUAUACAUAUACCUUCAGCUGGUGUGCCAAAACUCACCAUGACUAAGUGUCAGAAAAAUGUUGAYUCAUUUCUAGAAGCCUGCAGAAAACUAGGUGUURCUAAGGUAAUGUAACCCCUGUGAAUUCAUCUGUCUUGCACCCCUUGUAGUGUAAUUCAAAGAUUGAUUUAUGGUGUGUGACAUGUUGUGAUUGUCUCAUUCUUACCCAUAAAGCCAAUGAAAUUUUCUCAUAGAAACACAAACAUCAUAACGUAAMUCAAAGAUUGUUUUUAUUUUUCUUUCAUCAGGAUGAACUGUGUACAGCAGCUGACAUACUAGAAGAAAAAAGUGCCCAACGAGUUUGUAUUACUGUUCAAGCUUUGUUAAGAAGGACUGACCACUCCUAGCAGAGUAAAAGUGUUGACUAUUUUAGGAAACYAUACAUACACUUGCAAAAUUAAUGAAAAAAAACCUUAAAGCACACAUAAAUGCCUGUGGUACAAUGAUCAUGAUUACUAGUAUUUGUUUGUCAAUCAUGAGAAAAACGUAUGUGAAAAAGGUCUUCACUUAAAUUUUAUUUUUGUCCUAUAUAAUAAGUGAAGAUCCAAAUUUCUUUGCAGAUUUUAAUUUGUAGACACUUUAAAGAUUUCUUCUGGAGAGUAAUGAUGCUGAGGAAGUUUUUAAAGUUUAACAUUUUYGGUAUGGAAAUUAUUCCAUUUAUUUUUUUGUUGUUGUUUUUAAUGUCAAUUCUAUCAAAUGAAUUCGAGAAGAGAAUUAGGCUAUGGCCAUCCUACAUGUAUUUGUGAACAAUCUUCUGCCUGCUACAAUUUUUCUUUUCUUGUUUUUUUUUUUUUUUCAAAUGAUAAUUUUCAACAGUUAUCAAUUUUAUUUUCCAUCUAUCAAACUCAUGGAUGCACCAGUAAUAUUAAUAAUUGUCAUAUCAAUUUCUUAGACUCUGGACUUUGACAAAAAAAAAUUUCCAGAAAUUUACUGUAAAGUGAAAAAGUGAAUUAUCAUUUGACAUACAAAUAGUUUUCAUGUGUUUAUAUUCAUUGUUAGAAUUUCUUGUUGAAGCACAGUUUAGAUUUCAUCUGAUUAAAACAAAAUUUCGGUAAGUCAAUCCUUAUUAAUCAUGCUUUGGUCUUUAAGAAGUCUACGCUGUCACAAGAAGUUAGAAUUGGACAUAAUUGCGGUMUCUGCAGUUAAAAAAACUCAUUACUUUGUGUCAAGAAGAAAUAGAUACAAUCUUUAGGCCAAGAUACUAACAUUUUUAUGCAGGCAGUAGAAGAUUCAACUAUCUUUUGAAAUGUUUUGAAUUAUUAGAUAAUAUUGAUAGUUUGAAGUAUGAAAUUAUGGCUCGUACAUCAUUUGGUCAUUACUAUGCAGUGGCCACACUUAUAGGGCAAAUAGAACUUAGRAGAAAUACAAUAAGAUAAGCAUAAAAAUGUAUUGAUGAUUUUACAAGAAUGAUGGAAUAUCCAAUUAUUUUACAAUCCAGGGGCCAGUUGUACAAGGGGUGAAUAUUACUAUCCACUGAAUAAAUGCUUAUCCAAUAAAUAGAAUCCAAACCAGUGGAUAACUUUAAUUGGUCUAUUACUCUACCAACCCUUUGUACUACUGGCCUAUCAAUAAGGCUUCAAAAUUAGAUGCAAACUCCAAAUUUUCAAAGAAGGUAUGAAUGGAAGGGAAAUUGGUGGUAUAAAAAAGGAGUUGAAAUGAGAAAAAAUAUGUAAGUGUAGUAAAUAACUACAAUGAUGGGAACCUUUGCAUUGUUGUGCUAACACAGGAAUCCCAUGGAGGUCAAAAGGAGAAUGAAAAUAGAGUAUGCACUGAAGGAUCUGUCAUUCAACUUUCAUACACGUGUGCACAUAGAAGGCUCUAAAGUACUUCUUGAAGAAGAAGAAGAAGAACAUUUUCGAAGACUGAAUGGAAAWAUAAAACCAAGCAUGAACAUUUAAACUCAGAACAAUGUAUUCCCUAACCCUAUAUUGAUUCCCUUUAACCAAACCRUUAAGCCAUGAAAUCAGUUCACUUGAGGAAAUCUGCAUUUCUGGGUAUAAGAACAUUAGUAUACAUGAGAGCCUUCUAUGUGUACAUCGAUGCUCUGUGUAAGAAAGUUGUACGACAGACUCCACUGAGCCUGUUUUCAGCCGAACCAAAUUUGGUACCAGUUUUGGUCCAGCUGCUCGCAGGUCAAAAAAAUGAUUGACACUCGAGAGUAUUACAAUGAUCAUUAUUAUUAUUAUCAUUAUUAUUAUUAUUACUAAAUUAAUCAUAUCAAUGAUUUCAGACAAUAAGAAGAAAUAAUCAAAUUCACUUUUGCUGAAACACUAUUUUGUAAAUUGUAAGGUAUAUUUUGUAAAUAAUAGUCUCAUUAAUACUUAUAAAUGUUGGAUUGAUAUCAUUGUCAUACAAAUAACAAAUUUUAUCAUUUA